AUUGCACUUUCAGCCCAAAAUACUAAACAGCUUCAGGCACAACUAGCAUGCAACGGGGAAUUAUCCUUUCACGAUCAAGAAAAAAUCUUGCUCUUCAUCGAAAAUCCAACAAAUAUUUCAUCAAAUUACACCCUCUAUCCAAGAAACGAAGUUUUAGCCGUUAGGUGCCGUAAUUCCAAAAGCAAGCCGUGGAUCAUAGGAAGCGUAAGCAAUGGUAUUGUUACCGAUACACGAUGGAAAUGCACAGGUCUUGCGAAAAGGGAGCCCCUAAAUUUUAAGUGGUGGCAAGACAGGGCAGAUGAUAGCAACUGGGCCCAGGCUGUGGCCAAUUUUUCCAACCGAGGAGAUAGUCCAUGGCGAAAGGUGCGGGAUAUUUCUGAAGAUGCGUUCUGGAUUUCAACUGCUAACGAAGAUGAUGUGAGGAUAUUUUGCAGGCGCAGAUUGUCUGACGUUUUCCUGAAACGGACAAGCUUCUCAAAGGGUAUGAAAUGUCUUAAAAGUAAAGUGCCAAAUUUUGCUAAACAUGGAAAUCAGUUUCCUAGUACAAAUUGGCAGCCGACGUAAUGACUGUCUUGCAAGGCAUUUUUCAGUCACCAAUCAUUUGGAAGUGACUUCAUCGAUGGAAAGAUUCAUCGUGUGAAGAAUAUUUUCCAUUUGACAGAAAUUCUUCGUUCCCCUUUCUCCUCAAAAUUCAGUACGGUGCCCCAGAUAUCGCCAUACCUGGAUCUGGUGAAUCCUUGUGAAGACUUCUAAAUGUAAACGUUUUCCAGCAGGAAAAAUGGACUACCUUUCCAAAGUUCCACUCCCGCAGUGAAACGCCUGAAAACGUGUUCCAUUUAUAUCCCAACCUAAAUUUCUGGAAUAUCUACAAUCGGCAAAAUUGUUGAGACACUGUACUCAAAUAGGGUAACUUCAGAGAACAGAAGGAUCCACACACGCGAUUAAGUGUGUCAUUCUAUGUGUGUGUGAAAAAUCCUCGGAGCAGCUCUAUUUCAGUUAACAAUUGAAAUCAAAAGAAUUUCACUUCAAUGAUGGUACUUGGAAGGGCAACUUAAUUACCAAAAAAACGAUAUCCAACGGAUUGGUUAUUAAUGUUGACUUAUUGCUCACUAAAAUCACUGAAAAGGAUAUUUCAUAAAGAGUUUGCUCAUCGUUUUGUUUUGGUUCAAUUGUUUGAUCUACGACUUGGAACUAUUUUCUAAUUUUUACGGCCAAUACUUUCAUUGGCAUAACAAUAAGUACUUCUCAUUACAGGUAUCUUCCAAACAACACUAGAAGGCGUCGACUAUGCUCUUUCCAGCCAUCCUCGCUCUGAACACGAGGUCAAUGAUGUCAUGCAUUGUUACAAGAAGUGCCAAGAUGACCCCAAGUGCCUCUCGUUCAACUUUGAAUACACUUCAAGUUUACCUUUAAAAAACUGUGAGCUGAAUGGCGUCACCAAACGUCAAGAUCCUAACAAUUACGUCAAGAGGCCUGGGUACAUAUAUUAUGAGAAUGUAGAAUACUGA